GACUACGGUACCCUACAUCAAACCUCGGCUGUAUGAUCUAAUUUGAUAUCCCGCUACGCCGGGCUUUUGUAAUGCGGUCGCUGGUUUACUCAUUAGGAAAAACUGACGCUACAAAAUAAAGUUGUUUUAAAAUGGCGUCCUUUGACGAAUGUUUACAAUUUGCAAUACACAAUUGCCCCAUAUUACGCGAGAAGAGUUUCGAAUUGAAAGAAAAACAACUGCAGACGCUGAAAGCUUUGUAUGAAGUAAAAGACUGCAUAUCCGUUCUGCCAACAGGUUACGGAAAGAGUGUAAUUUUUCAGAUUUUACCGUGGUUUGCCCAGUGCAUGCGCCAGAAAGACAAGCCAAUGACCGUGAUUGUUGUUUGUCCAUUGACAUCUCUAAUGCAGGAUCAAGUGCUCGCUCUGAGAAAGUCAGGAAUAAAUGCAUGUAGUGUGAGCAUCACAGGUACACAUGGCAUUACAUUUGAGGAAACAAAUGAUGAAAAUUCAGGCGAUGAAGGUACUAGUCAACAAUGCACUAUUGAAUGUGAUGUACCAUUCCAACAAUUACAGGCAGGGGAGUUUAAUCUAAUUUAUUCCCAUCCAGAAGCCCUGAUGAAAACUAGAUUCGCAAAAGUUUUAAGAUCAAAGGUUUAUCAGGAUACAGUAUGUGCAGUAGUGAUUGACGAGGUCCACAUGAUUUCUGAAUGGGGAGAAGGGUUUCGUCCUGCCUUUAUGAAGCUUGGGGACUUGAUAUGUGUUUUUGAAAAUGCUCUGCAUUUACUACUGACUGCAACAGCAACACCAGGAUCUGUUAAAACCCUUACAAAACAAAUGAACUUUAAAAAUCCUGUUGUAAUUUCUGAAAAUGUAGACCGUCCAAAUAUCUUUUUGGAGACAAGAACCAGGCUUCCAAACACAAAAAAAUAUGAAAAGUUUGAUGACUUGAUCGAACCUCUUGUCACUGAAUUAGGAGAAAAAAGACUUUCUUUUCCUGUAACAAUUAUGUAUGUAGAUAAUCUUGAAGCUCUCGGGUAUUUUUUCCAAUAUACUGUCUACAAACUUCAGGACUUAGGCUACGAAGGGGAAAAAAUUCCUCAAAAUAGAAUAUUUGCGCAAUAUCAUAAGGACUAUCCAGAAUCCAUGAUAAAAAUUAUAAUUCAAGAGCUUACUAAACUAAACCCUAAACUGCGUUUGGUUUUUGCAACAGUUGCUCUUGGAAUGGGUGUUAAUGCACCUAGUGUUGAGCGGAUCAUCCACAGUAGACCCCCCACAACAAUGGAAAAAUACCUCCAGGAAAUUGGAAGAGCUGGACGACUAGGACAAGCAGCCACAGCUACAAUGUUUUACAACCAAAGUGACAUUGCAAAAAAUAGAAAAGGAAUGACAGAAGAUAUGCGAAAAUACUGUACAAAUCAAGGUUGUUUAAGACUCAUGCUUGUAAAUUACUUUGGAUUUGAGAGUCCAGUGUAUUCAGGAGAUAAGCUUAAUUGCUGCUCAAAUUGUAAAACACUUGUUCAAAAGAUUUAA